CAAAGUACACCAAGAUCGUACAAUCAAACUUGGACUAUUGUGUGGUUAUGUAUGAAGGAACAAUGAUUAUUCCUCAUAAAAUAUUACUUAUAAGCUUUGUAUCAUUCACAGUCAAACUGUCCUUGGCAGAAAUGAUUCCAUGUAAUGUUCGUAAGGCAUCGUCAGGUUACGUUUGUGUCUGCAAUGCAACUUACUGUGAUACAGUAGAGAAGCCCGCAGUGAUCGCUCGAGGACUCUACCUCCAUUACAGCACAUCCAAGGAAACGCCUGGCUUUUCCGUGUCCUCUGGCAAUUUUACAAAUUCCACUAUACAAUUGAGGGAAAAUUCAGAAGAUGUCAUUAUCCAGGUGAAUUCUACUAUUCAGUAUCAGACUUUUGAAGGGAUUGGUGCCGCACUCACCGCCUCCUCUGCCACUGCCAUCAGUAGUCUGCCCCACGCAGCCAAACAGAAACUGAUAGAAUCUUACUUUGGCCAGACAGGUGUAGAGUAUUCUUUUGUGAGAGUGCCAGCGGAGCCGACAGAUUUCACUCCUGCUUACGCAACAUAUGAUGACAUUCCAGGGGAUACAGAGUUGAAGUAUUUCAAUCUUACUAAAGAUGAUUUGGAUUUCAAGAUUCCACUACUCCACUUGGCCUUGAAUGUAAGCAGAAGAAAUAUAAAGCUGAUAGGUGUGGCUUGGACAGCUCCACACUGGAUGAAAACUAAUAAUGACAUGAGUGCAGGCUACAUCAGAAAGGACCAUCUCAGUACUUACGCUAAAUACUUGCUCAAAUUUCUUCAAGCAUAUAAAAGCUUCGGAUUGGAUUUCUGGGGAAUUACGUUCGGGAAUCAAGUGGCGGUCUUUUGGUCUUUAAACCUCCCAAUCCCAAGCAUAAUCAUGCCACCGCAACAAGCAAGGAUUUUUAUCAAAUACUUAAGACCAUUAUUACAAGAUUCUGGUUUUGAAAAUGUCAAAAUAUUAGGACUGGACGACCAACGCCCAUUUACGUUGUGGUACUUUGACAGAUUGUUCUCAGAGCAAGAAGCUGAACAAUUUGUGGAUGGUGCGGCUAUCCAUUGGUACUAUGAUGACGAUGUUAAUAUAUAUAUUUUGGAUGAGUUCCACCAAAAAUACCCAGAAAAAGUCAUUUUGUACACAGAAUGUAGUAUUAUAGACUUUUUAGGAUUUAAUGUUCCUGAUAUUGGUUCAGGCGACUGGGAAAGUGCAGUGAUUUAUCUGAAUAAUAUAUUUCAGAAUUUAGCUCACUGGGUGGGAGGAUAUUUGGACUGGAACAUCGCUUUGGAUGAAAAUGGAGGACCUGCUGGGUUCUUGAACUCUACGAUGGACACACAGAUUAUCAUCAACACUACGAGUGGAGAGUUCUACAAACAACCGUCUCACUACGUACUGGGGCACUUCUCAAAGUUCAUAACUCCAGGAGCUAAACUAAUAAAGAUUGAGAUUUAUGAUGAUAUCUCAAUAACAACUGAUAAAUCAAAAAACAACGCAGAGCCAGAGCCGACUAAAAAGCCAUUUAUUCUUUCAAACCGAGUUUUGGCUGUUGCUGCGUUAAAUCCUGACGGAAGCCAUGCAGUCAUUGCAUACAACCCACAUCCACAUCCAGUAAACUUGAUAGUGUUUGACUCAGAUGCUGGAAGCUUCAAUCAAACUGUCCAAGCCUACUCUUUAAAUACAUUUGUGUUUUACUAAUAAAUGUUUGACUUCA